AUGAACUUUUCAAAUCCUGGCAGGAAUUUCACAACGAAUGUCUAUCGGGACACUUUAAACACGGCUAUAAUCAAGAAUGUGAUCACUGUGGUUCUCUGCAUCUCCAUCAACUAUAUCAACAGCACCCUGGUUCACACGUUCAGAAAGCAUGAGAUUUUCAAUGUAAACCCUCGCUACAUCCUGUACAUUCAUCUGGUAAUCAAUGACAUAAUGCUGCUGACAAUGUUUACCCUCGUUCAAGUCCUGAGUUACAUCGUGUUCACUCUCAACGUCUCCUUGUGUAUAGUUUUACUAACAAUUGCUAUAUUUGCAAAUUUGAACAACCCUCUGACACUGGCUGUCAUGGCAAUAGAGUGUUACAUUGCCAUAUGCUUCCCUCUCCACCACACCCAAAUCUGUACUGUCAAGAAAACAUAUGUUGUGAUCGGCCUCAUAUGGGCCAUGAGUGCUCUAUCAAUCCUGCCCGAUUUAUUUGUCACUUUCGCAGAAGAAUCCCUGGAUUUCUUUAAUUCCAGAGUUUUCUGCCUUAGGGAAAAUGUUUUCAGAAACCCUAAUCUCACAGAGAAGAGAGAUAUAUCCUACAUAGUGUAUUUGGUCAUUGUUUGGCUCUCUCUUUUCUAUACAUACUUCAGGAUCCUUUUCACUGCACAGUCAGCUUCUGGAGAUGCCAAGAAAGCAAGAAACACUGUCCUCCUCCAUGGCUUCCAACUACUAUUGUGUAUGCUCACCUAUGUUUACCAUCUCAUCACAAAUGGUCUGACAUACUUGUUCCCCAGAGGGGUACUGGCCAUUCGCUUCACUAUUGCAAUAUUUGUUCAGGUGCUGCCACGUCUCAUCAGUCCGGUUGUUUAUGGGCUACGAGACAAAACUUUCAGGCAGUACCUGAAAAGAUAUCUGUUCUGUUCAACAAAUGAUCAGACUCAUCCACAGAAAACUCUAAAAAGGCCAUUAUAA